UUCCCGGCCUCCCGGGGCCGCCUCAGGGCUCCAGAACCCCCGCUCCGUACGAGCGAGGUGGACUCGCCCGGCUGCGGGUCUAGCCUGACCUGCCCCCGCCCCGGGCGCCCGGGGCCGCACCUUUUAGGGACAGGGGGGAGGGGCACAAAAGGCUGGCUCUUUGGGCCUGGGUCCUCGAGUGGACCGGGUUGGGGGGGCCAACCCCGCGGGCAUCAAGGUGGGGAGGAGGCGGGGCUUAAUGAUGGCUGGGGCGGAGCAACUGCUGGGAGGAGCCUUUGUGGGCGUGGUUUGGAGUGAAAAUGGGCGGGACUGUGGCGGAAAGUGGGAGGGGUUUAGGUAAAGGGAAGAGUUUUGACAAAGGGGCGUGGCUCAGUGAGACUAGUAGGAGGGCCCUAAGUUGAAGGAUCCUAAUUGGGGCUGAGUGUGGUAAUGGGGUUCUGUGUGGAGGUGCGAGGAGCUUAGAGAAGAGGGGUUUGUUUAGGGAUGUGUCUUUCAGAAAGUGGUGGGCAUAGUGAGGGGCAUAGGGUUUAAGCGUGUAAUUUGGGGCAUCUUAGUGAAAGAGGCAAGUCUUUACAGUGAAGGUGAAAUGACUUAGGAUGGGGAGAUACUCAGAGGGGAAGGGCUGAGAAAGCGAGAUAUGUUGAGUGGAGGGAGUCUUUGAAAAUUUGGGGCUUACUUAAAGGCUGAGUUUACAGGAAAAAUUGAGUGGGGUUUAGGAGGCGGAUCUUGGUAGGGAAAAGAUAGUGGGACUUCAAGAAGAAACUUGGACUAACUUAGCACAUAGUUGUAAUCAAUACAGCUUACCUGUUGAGUUUUUGCUGUGAGCAGGCUUUAAAAAGCACGCAGCACACAUGGCCAGAAUUCUCCUCAGUCCUCAUCACCACUCCCUGAGGUAUUAUCCCUAUUUUGCAGAUGGAAAGAGAAUCAGUUGGUUUUAUCCAAGAUUCCAGGACUAGUUCUGGUCGCCCUGGAAGGUUGACUCAAGUGUCUAUAGCCCCAAAUCUUUGUCCUCUCAUUGGCUAAAAAUGUGAAUCUUCAUCUGAAGGUGACUCUCAUCUUCAAAGAGUGGAAGUGACUUUUGGAGGGAAGGGGCUUGUCAAGAGCCUUCAGGAACAACGCAGAAACUUUGGAAAGAGGAGGCGGGACCUGAACGCGAGCGGACUGGCCUUAACCACAAGAGACCCCCACCCGCCACUGCCCUUGCGCCAGGCCACCAUGGAUGACGCCCCGCUGCCAGCGCCCCCGGCCCCUGCCCCCGCCCCGGCUCCGGCUCCACCCGCUGCUGCUCCCCGCGUCCCGUUUCACUGCAGUGAGUGUGGCAAGAGCUUCCGCUACCGCUCGGACCUGCGGCGCCACUUCGCUCGGCACACUGCGCUCAAACCCCACGCGUGUCCGCGCUGCGGCAAGGGCUUCAAGCACAGCUUCAACCUGGCCAACCACCUGCGCUCACACACUGGUGAGCGGCCCUACCGCUGCUCUGCCUGCCCCAAGGGGUUCCGAGACUCCACCGGCCUGCUGCACCACCAGGUUGUCCACACUGGUGAGAAGCCCUACUGCUGCCUAGUCUGCGAGCUCCGCUUCUCCUCCCGCUCCAGCCUGGGCCGCCACCUCAAGCGCCAGCACCGCGGGCCUGCGUCCGGCUCGGGCCGCAGCAAGAAGAUCUUCGGCUGCUCCGAGUGCGAGAAGCUGUUCCGCUCGCCGCGAGACCUGGAGCGGCACGUGCUGGUGCACACGGGCGAGAAGCCGUUUCCGUGCCUGGAGUGCGGCAAGUUCUUCCGCCACGAGUGCUACCUCAAGCGCCACCGGCUGCUGCAUGGCACCGAGCGGCCCUUCCCCUGCCACAUCUGCGGCAAGGGCUUCAUCACCCUCAGCAACCUCUCCAGGCACCUGAAGCUGCACCGGGGCAUGGACUGAUGUGGCCAGGCCAGGCACCCUUCCACACGACCACCCCUCCUGGGGGCUGGGCUCAGGGCCCGGGCCAGGGGACCUCGGGACUACGAGGGAGGCCCAGGCCCUCCAAAUCCAGAGGCCACCUACAAAGACCUACAUGGGCCCCUGAGCUGGGGAACAGCAAAUAAAUGGAGAGACCCCUCAGCUCGAGGAUCCCAGAUCUGUGGAGAGACUCCUGAACUCGAGGCCCCUGGAGUGCGUGCUAGGCACCCCCAAAUCAAUAGGCCCCUAAGCUCCGGGGACCUAGGAAUGAGAAAUGGGUGUCCACACGUACUUCUCAUAUUAAGGGCCCUAAUAAGAAAAGAUGGGCACCCCCUCCCCCAAGGGAAGACUGCCCCUCUCCCUAAGAGCCAUCAUUCCAACAACCUUGAUCUGGAGAAUGUGGGGGAACCAUGUCCCUGGAUUUCUCUGGAACCCCUCCAAAUGCUACCCACCAGAGUCACUCACUGGUGCCCCCAGAUGACAGAUACAGCCAGAAUCUGCCUUUCCCCCCACAUCAUUCUCUAUGCUGAAAGAGGACCAGGGUAGUUGCCCCCUGCCCUCAACCCCCCUCCCCAAUUAGGUCCCCUUCCCCAAUUAGGUCUCCCUCCCAUUCUGCGUAAUGGAUCGACCCUAAAGAUCUUCCCCACCCUCCAAAACUAGAAUAGGCUGGUUCAAAAUCCCCCCGCCCAGUAGGAUGGACUGAUCCAGAAACACGUAGCCCCCUCCUCCACUGGAGUGGGCUGGCCCAGGCCUGCACCUCACCCUCCUUAGAGUGAAUACCACAGACACUCCUUCCUUCCUGUAGCGUGUGGGCCGGUCCACAUCACUCCCCAUCCUGUGAACUCGUGAAUGGGAAGUGGUGGAUAUUGGGGUAUCCCUCCCACUCUUCUGUAGCGCCUGUUGGUCUUUCUCUCCAUCUCUGUCAGUUUGUCUCUGUGUUCCUCCCAACCCCAAGGGGAAGGGGAUUUGGUUAGGGGGGCUCGCCCUGUGAGCCUCGACCUCGCUCCUUUGUCCCACACCCCAACGUCUCCUGGACCCCAAUAAACCUCUUCCUGUCAGUCA